AUGGAAGCCCUUGGUGCUUUCGCCAGUGUUGUCACCAUCGUAGGGUUAAUACGACCGACUACCAAGUUCGUCAGAUCCCUCCGAGGAAUCACCUCCGACGACGGCCAUGUCGCCAAAGAGAUUGAAAGAAUGGCGAGCUCAAUCCAGGCAUCGGCUAACAGCAUAGACGUUUCUUUGAAAGCGCUUAAAGGUCACGCAUCAACGCUUGAGAAAAUGCAGCGAGCACCGUCAGAAGUCCUGCAGUACAUUAUCGACAACAAGUCCAUAGACAUUAUCGUUUCUGGUACAGAAUCCAUCAGAAAGCAAAUGAGGGAUACAUCACGCGACCUUAACGAUACGAAUAAUCGAUCCGAAAUCUUGAGAAAGAUUAACUGGCUUUUGCUGGACAAAAUGGAAGUUGAAUCAUUAUUUCCCGAAAUGCAGGUCGUCGCGUCUUGUCUCAACCUCGUUUGUCCAAUCAUCGGACUGGAGAUAAAUCGAUACCUACUCAAUAAAUCCUCCGGCGAGGUGGCGGAGUGCCUGAAGCAGGAGAUGGACCAAUUAAAACUAGUCGAGAAACAGUAUCAAAGUGUAAUGAAGGAGUUGUGGUCAAGUAUAAAUGGAGAGUCAGACUUUGAAGCUGCGACGAAAUCACUUUUCUACUUGUCACAGAGUGUACGACGAACUAGUUCGACACCCCAACCUGACAGAGCACCUGCUGAUCGAAGGUCACCUGUCCCAGAAGAAAAAUAUCUGAGCCCGGCCCCCUCUAAUACUCCACAGCCGUCCCCAGGAUCAAGGCGUCAGAAGCCUCAUAGUGUUCCAGUGCCUCGCGAAGCCCCAUCGGAGGUAACACGGCAUACCUCCAGUAGCCCUGAGUCUUCUCGACCUCACUCAGCCGUUCCAUCAUCAUCGCCAAAGACCUCAGACACGCCUCCGACUCCGCAAAGCCCUGAUGCGCCCAAGUCACUCAGAAUAGACACCUCGACACGUGCGGGUGGUUCACGCGGGGGAAUCGUCCGGGCAAUUCAAGGGCAUAUAAUCAACCACGGGAAAGAAAUUCCAGUGAAAAACGCCACAAUUGAUCAACAUGGGCCCUUUAAUUACAUUUCAGUCAAAACAGCGAAUCAGCUUGACCUUGAUAUCCAGGAGCUGGAUCCUGAUGAACCUAGUCACACGCAUAGCGGUUCACACGAAAUGAUACUGCCUGGGAAGGUGAUUGGCAAGGUUACAGGUCUGCCAGCGGUUGUUGUCACUCCACCACAACACUUCUUUUCCCACCUCUCAACAACAUAUCUGAUUCCUCACCGCAACACAGCGCAGCCACCAUGGCUCUUCAGAGCGCUCAGAGCAAAGCACUCCCUUCUCAAGACGGGCGACUACUCUGAUCUCGUUAUUUCGUGCGGCAAAGAUCAAUACCGCGUUCACAAAGCAAUCAUUUGCCCACGAUCCGACUUCCUCAAGGCAGCUUGCGAUGGUGAAUUCAAGGAAGCGCAAACAGGCACAAUAGACCUCCCGGAUGAUGACCCGGUUGCUGUACUCAUGAUGAUCGAGUAUCUGUAUCAUGACACCUAUGCGCCGCCGGCCGGGGCAGAUAUUCACCGUGAUGGCGCUAUCGAUGCGCAUCUCUCCGACACCAAAUAUGAUGACGAGAAAGAAAAGAGGAAGAGGGAACUCUAUGGCGCAAAUUUCAUCGGUAACAAGAGAAUCAAGAGGCUCACUGCACUGCCGGAGGAUUCAACUGUUCGCGCCUCUCAACCCGCCAGACUCACCGGAUUUGCUGCCUUCAUCGCUUCAAGAGAAUCGCAAAGAGGAUCUGAUCGCAGCCGACAAGAACGCGGUUCCUCCACAAGUACAAACUCCGUCUCAGUCCAGAGUCCCUCCCAGGCUUCGCCCGAUCAAUCAUCUUCCACACCCCGUCCAUCACCUGCGCCAUCACCCACCCCACCUCCCCCUCCACGACCCAUCCCUCCCGCAAACCUCCAUCUCCACGCCAAAGUUUACGCCCUCGGUGAGAAAUACGGCAUCCAGCCCCUCAAGGCCCUGGCUCUUCGCAAGUUCGAGUCUGAAGCCCAGUUUCAUCUUCACAGCGACGACUUCUUGCAGGGGAUAAGAGAAGCAUACACCUCGACCGUUGAAACGGAUCGCCCUCUUCGGGAUGCCGUGGUCGCAAUCUUGAGAAGCAACAAGGGCCUGUUGAAGAAGGAAUCUGUGAAGGAAGUACUCAAGGAGACUGGUUUGGGUUUUGAUCUGCUGAUGGAAUUUGCAUCGGGAUGA